AUGGAUCAGGGACAGCUUGACACCAGCAACAAGCGCCCCCGUCUUUCGAUGAGCAACAGCUGGGGCCCCGGCGCGCCACAUGGCCCUGUGUCUCUGCCCCAUCCCGUCCACUCCCCAUUAGCCUCUGCUGGUCAACAUCCCACUCCAGGACAAUAUCAACCCCUUUACCCUCCUCGCAACCCUGAUCCUCAUCCCCUCCACCUCCACCUCCCCAAACCUCACCUUUACACCAACAUCGGCCUGGUCACCACCCUCCCCACCCUGACGACCGUCGUCACCAUGAGCAAGAGCCAUACUCGUCCAUGCAAGAUUACCGACAACCUCCGCCCUCUCCAGCUCAAGUUGCACCUCCGCCACAAGGACAUCCGCCCCAUGGUCCCCCUCCAAACGCCUUCGCAACCCCGUAUCCUGGCCGCGACCCUGUGA